CAUCUUUGGUUGUUCUCGCCGGUCUCACCACAGUCAGUGAUCAAUUGUGAUACGUAACAAAUUAUUAGAGCUAUUAUUGAUUGCAAAGAGGUGUUUUUGCCGCUCAUAAAACAAUAGACUGGUACUGCAUAAAUAUUUGUUUCAUCAACACCGUUUUGCAGAUUUUUUUGCAACGGAAAUUUGACUAAAGACGGGAGAUCCACUGUAAUACAACAUGGAUGAGGAAUAUGAUGUUAUCGUAUUGGGCACCGGACUCACAGAAUGUAUUCUCUCUGGGAUCAUGUCUGUGAAUGGGAAGAAAGUUUUGCAUAUGGACAGAAAUCCAUACUACGGUGGUGAAAGUUCCUCCAUCACACCCCUGGAGGAGCUCUAUAAGAGAUUUGGGAUUUCGGACAGCCCCCCAGAGUCAAUGGGCCGGGGAAGAGACUGGAAUGUGGACCUUAUUCCUAAAUUCUUAAUGGCUAAUGGUCAGUUAGUUAAGAUGCUUCUAUACACUGAAGUGACCAGAUACCUUGACUUCAAAGUGGUCGAGGGAAGCUUUGUGUAUAAAGGAGGAAAAAUCUACAAAGUGCCCUCUACUGAGACAGAGGCACUGGCUUCAAACCUAAUGGGAAUGUUUGAGAAGAGACGUUUCCGCAAGUUCCUAGUUUUUGUGGCCAACUUUGAUGAGAAUGACCCCAAGACUUUUGAGGGCGUCGAUCCCAAACUCACAACAAUGGGAGAAGUGUACAAGAAGUUUGACUUGGGACAGGACGUCAUCGACUUCACAGGACAUGCCCUGGCCCUCUACAGGACAGACGAUUACCUAGAGCAGCCGUGUCUGGAGACCAUCAAUAGGAUCAAACUCUACAGUGAGUCUCUGGCACGCUACGGGAAGAGCCCAUACCUUUACCCUCUGUACGGAUUGGGGGAGCUGCCUCAAGGGUUUGCUAGGUUAAGUGCAAUUUAUGGAGGAACUUACAUGCUGAACAAACCAGUGGAUGAGAUAGUGAUGGAGGGAGGACACGUGGUGGGCGUGAAAUCAGAGGGAGAGGUUGCCCGCUGCAAGCAGCUCAUCUGUGAUCCUAGCUACAUCCCGGACCGUGUGCACAAAGCCGGCCAGGUGAUCCGGGUCAUCUGCGUCCUCAGCCAUCCCAUUAAAAACACUAAUGAUGCCAAUUCCUGCCAGAUCAUCAUCCCUCAGAACCAGGUUAACCGCAAAUCAGAUAUCUAUGUUUGCAUGAUCUCCUACGCCCAUAAUGUGGCAGCUCAAGGAAAAUACAUUGCCAUUGCAAGCACCACUGUGGAGACCUCUGAUCCUGAAGCUGAAAUUGAACCUGCUCUGGAACUGCUUGAGCCCAUUGACCAAAAGUUUGUGGCCAUCAGUGAUAUGUAUGAACCCAGAGAUGAUGGUACAGAGAGCCAGAUUUUUGCAUCACGGUCCUACGAUGCCACCACUCAUUUCGAAACAACAUGUAACGACAUCAAGGACAUCUACAAGCGCAUGACAGGCAGCGACUUCGACUUUGAGAACAUGAAGCGUAAACAGAACGACGUCUUCGGCGAGGACGAGCAGUGAGGGGUGGAGAAGUGAUGGAGGAGUGGAAAGGCAAUGGUCAGGUGGAGGGAGAGAUGAGGUGGGCUGAACGGGAUUUACC